CAAUUAAAAAAAAUAGAAAAACUACAACUAAAGCUGGAAACAAUCGAUUAGCAGACAGGAAACAGGAAACAGGAAACUAUAACACUAGAUCUGGAAUGGAACCUUCGUCCUCCCCUCCGGAUCUGUGAGUUUGUCUGAAAUCAUCUUCCUGAAUUACCAUCUCUUUCAAUUCGAUCUGUGAUUAUCCCCUAAUCGUGGUUUAAUUGCAAAUCUUAAUUGAUUUGGUAUGGAAUCGGAUUUGAUCAGCAAUUUGCCAGAUGAGAUUCUUGGCAAAAUCCUGUCUUUAGCUCCGACAAAAGAGGCUGCUUCCACAUCGGUUCUGUCCAGGAGGUGGAGGAAUCUUCUAGGUCUUAUCGACAGCCUUUGCUUUGAUGAGUCGGUGGUUGUUUAUCCCAACGAAGAAGAAGAAGCAACACGUUGUUCACAUCUCUUCUUUGAUUUCGUAGACAAGACUUUUGCUCUGUUAAGCAAAACUCCCACCAUCAAUAAACUCUCUCUCUCUCAUAUUCCUAGAAGAGGCCGUGACGAUGAUUUCUCUCGUGUCAACCGUUGGAUUUGGACUGCGCUGGAACGCGGUUUAACGGAGCUACACCUGCACGCCACCCCACGCGAUCAUGGUUUAGGUUUUUAUCUGUCGAGAGAGCUGUUCACGAGCAACACACUGGUUAAGCUCACACUCUCUGGUGAAUAUCGUCUCCAAGUCAAUCGUGUUUUUCUUCCAGCGCUCAAAUCGCUUUCUCUCUUAUCAAAUUUGCUUGAUGGGCCCAACUAUGGCCUGCUCCUCGAUGGCUGCCCUGUCCUUGAAGACUUACUCAUAACCGAAACUCAUCCUUGGGCUCUGCCAUGUUGCGCAUUGUACGUGGAAAGCGCACCCCUCAGGCGGCUAGUGAUUAUUGCUAAGCUUUCGGAUAUUCAAGCCACGCAUGUGUUUUUGAAAGCACCAAGUCUUGAGUUCCUUGACUAUUCUGCUUUCGUCACCAACGAGUAUGAUUUUGUCGAUUUGGAUAGGCUCGUCGAAGCCAGGCUGGAUCUCAUGUUAUUUGAUUCAAGCGUCUAUGAUGAGCAUGUUUAUUAUUAUGAUUCUGACAAUGACUGUUAUUAUGAUGAUGGACGGCCGGAAGGUGUAUCUGCUGCUAAUAUUACAGGUUUAGUUGCGGGUAUAAGCAACGUUACGACCCUUCACUUAUCUCCCGAGUCUCUUGAGUUGUUUCAUCUCUGCUGUGAGUCCAUGCCCGCGUUCAACAACCUCCUUACUUUAUCUAUCGAGAGUGACGAGUCACAAGGUUGGCAAGCGAUGCCUAUUCUGCUCGAGAGCUGUCCAAAUCUACACACUUUAGUCAUUAAGGGUCUUGUGCACAGAGUAACAAGUAGAUGCGGAGAUGCAUGCCCUUGCAGCCCUGACGAGCAUAAGAAUAAGAAGAGGAGAAUUGUGAAGGAGGAUGAAGAGAUUUGUUGUUUAUCGACAUGUCAAGUGAAGGUGCUAGAGAUUUCAGAGUAUGGAGGUUCUUUUCAAGAACUUAAACAGAUGAAACAUUUCUUGGAGAAGUUGGAAUGUCUUGAAACUGUGAAAGUUUGUGUUGACGCAGACGCGAAUAACAACAGCGGUGAGUUCUUGCGAGCUAAUCUGCUGUCUCUCCCAAGACUUUCAUCCAAGUGCAACAUCGUGUUCAUCUAAUUUUGCAGUGACACAGCGAUUCCAACCGUUAUCGAAACUCUGCAGACCAAUGAACCGUUCGCUAGGAACCUUAAGUCUUCUCAUGUAUGUGUGUGAUCUUUUAUGUCCAUAUGCAUUUGUUUGUAGUAGAACCAACAGUGUCUUGCCCACAACCCUAUUUCCUUUGGUAUCUGGACGAUUUGCACCAAUGAACAAAUUGAUGAACUCUUUGUCUUUGACUGAACUAUUUUUGAUACUUUACGUUUA